CACUUCCCUCCUUCCACCACAACACCAUUAUCCCAUUUCAAGCAGCAAAACUAGGAAAACACAAGAAAAAAGCACACACAAAAAAGACCCUUAAUCUCCCAAAAAUGGUGAAGACAGAAACCAAGCUUUCAACAUCAUCACCUUCUUCUUCAUCGUCGUCGUCAUCAUCGUCAUCGCGGAAAAACCCAAUCCCCCAAUGCAAGAAGAAAUUCAAGGGAGUGAGGAUGAGAAGCUGGGGAUCAUGGGUUUCCGAGAUCAGAGCCCCCAAUCAGAAAACAAGGAUCUGGCUCGGCUCCUACUCCACGGCGGAGGCGGCGGCGCGUGCAUACGACGCCGCCCUUCUAUGCCUCAAGGGCUCCUCCGCCAAUCUCAACUUCCCCUCAUCUUCCAAGAAUCUCAUCAACACCACCGAUCAAAACAUGUCGCCCAAAUCCAUCCAGAGGGUCGCCGCCGCCGCCGCCGCCAAGGCGGAGGUUCUAGAAGGUUCCAGAAACCCUAGCCCUCCGUCGCCGAGCUCGGCGUCGUCUUCGUCUCCGAGCCGGAUGGAAGACGAGCGGAUUUCGGCGUAUGAGGUGCAGAUGGAGGAGGCGAGCAUGGCGGCGUGGUACAACUUUGAUUCCCCCAAGUACAAUGAGAUGCUUAAUGGGGUGUUUUUUGAUCCUUUGAUGAUGGAGGAUUAUUCCUAUGAAGAUGGAGAUAUUCCUCUGUGGAGCUUCUGUUGAAGAUUCGACUCUUUUUUUUUCUGUUUAUUAUAUAUAUUUGUUGUUUAUUUGUUCAUUCAUUGGAUGAUCUUCAGUUUAUUUCAUGAAGACAUUACUGACUUAGGCCGAAUAAUAUAUACAUAUAUAUAUUGGAUAAGGAAAAAAAAUGUUUGGAAUAUUUAUUGAUUUUUUCGGGGUUCAAUUCGCAAUAGAGUGGUGGAGUAUGUUUUCAGGGCUCUUUUAAGUGAAUUUAGAUUUAGGCUGAAUUAUGUAUAUUUUUUGGAAUUUUUUAUUGAUUGUUUGAGGCUUCUAUUCAAUAGAGUGGCAUGUUUUAUGGGCUCUUUUAAGUGAA